AUGCAAAUUAAAUUUGAUAAUGAGCAAGAGUGGAAUUUUACUGCUAUUUACGCCAGUCCACAUGAAAAUAAUAAGAACAUGUUAUGGGAGAAGUUGACAGAUUUAGCAUAUAGUUUGCAAGCUCCUUGGAUGUUGGUAGGGGAUUUUAAUGAUAUUUCUCAUGUGAGUGAGAAAAGAGGUGGAGUUCUCGCGUCUUUGAACAUAUGUAAGAGAUUAAGGGAUAAAAUGGAUAGGUGCUUGAUUAGUGAUGUGGAGUCAAGAGUCCCUAAAUUUACUUCGAGAGGACCAGUCUUCCAUGGUGGACAGCAUAUAUACGAAAAACUUGAUAGGGUUUUGAGUAAUGAUGAGUGGAGGAUGAUGUUCCUUGAAGCCUAUGAGAAACUGUUUAUGAGGGUGGAAUUUUCAUACCACCAUCAAAUUCUUGUUAAUAUGAAGGAGGAGUUCCAUAACUACGUUGAGAAACCUUUUAGGUUUGAAAAUGUAUGGCUUACUUAUGAUAUAUAUAGUAGCAUGCUAAAGGAGGCGUGGAGAGAGGAUAAUUCCUUAGCUUUGAAUUUGAAGAAUGUUGUGGAAGGAAUAGAAAAAUGGAAGUUUAAUUCCUUUGAUAAAAUCAAAAAAGCUAAGAAGGAAAUGAAAAGAAGACUAGAAGGUAUCUAG